AUGCCCAGACGAAGCAGGACACCCCAAGUAACAGGUGAAGCCAAACGCCGUCGGAACCGUCUCAACCAGCAAGAACGCCGUCGACAGCCACAACAGCAACAACAAGAACCCCAAAGGUUUAUCGCCCGUCAAUUCCCAUCGCAGAUUGAAACUUUCAGACUUGGUCCUAUGAGUGAAACUUGCAAAGACUGUGCUGCAUUACGUUUCAGCUCUGAAAACUUCAACUGUUGCCACAAUGGUAAAGUCUCAUUACCACCAUUGCCUCCAUAUCCGCCUGAAUUACAAAACCUCUUCCUGGCAAAUGAUGCACAGUCCAAAAACUUCAUGGAAAAUAUUCGCCAGUACAAUAGUUCUGUCUCAUUUGCCUCAUUUGGUGGGCAUGUAGUUCGCCCUUCAGGACGUGGCCCAUACACAUUUAGACUUCACGGACAGCUGUACCAUGGAGCAGGCUCUUUACAUCCUCCAGACGAUACUCCACACACUUACAGCCAACUGUACAUACUAGAAGCCAGUCAAGCAAUCGAAGGGCGACUACAACAACCACCAAAUGCAAAUUGUCGUCAAGAUGUCAUGGCUACACUGACAACGACCCUUGACGCCAUCAACCCCUACGCAGCCGCGUACAGACAUAUGCAUGAACUUGAAGAGGAGCAGACACUUGCAGCACAGCGGAACAACACCCCAAUCCCUACUGUAACAAUGAAUAUCAUGCGCGGCCAUGAUCAGCGCCGCUACAAUAAUCCAACCCGUAUGGAUGAAGUUGCAGCUGUUUUCGUGUCGCCAGAUGGAGCCCCACCUGCCAAUCGUGAUGUUUUGGUCUACCCAAAAGAUCAUAACCCAAGUAAAAUAUCAUAUUUAUCGGGGAACAUUGACCCCAUGGUUUACCCACUAUAUUUCCCACGAGGCGCUUUAGAGUGGUAUCCUGGUAUGCAACACACAGCAGAGAGGGCAACUGAUCGGUACUGCAAAAUCUCUUGCUUGCAGUUUUAUGCCCACCGACUUGCUGUAAGAGCUGGCUUCAAUGCUAUAUUCUAUGGUGCAAAACUUUUCCAGCAGUAUGUCGUUGAUGCAUAUGUCCGCACAGAAUCCACAAGAAUUGGCUGGAUACUACAAAACCAGAAGCAGCUGCGAGUGGAAAUGUACCAAGGCCUUAUGGACCACAUCAAUAAUCAAGCUGCUGAAGAAAACCGUGCCCCAGGCAAAAUUGUCGUCCUCCCUUCAUCAUUUCAAGGUUCUCCUAGAUGUAUGCAACAAAAUUUCCAGGACGCCAUGGCCAUUGUAUCCAAAUAUGGAAGACCAGAUCUUUUUCUCACAUUCACAUGCAACCCCAAGUGCAAAGACAUCAUAGAUGCAUUACAACCAAACCAGCAACCUCAUGAUAGACCAGACAUUGUCAGCAGAGUAUUCAAGCUACAUUUAAAGGAACUGCUUCAUGACAUUCGUAACAACCAUUUCCUUGGAAUCCCAAUCGCCUACGUUUAUGUCAUUGAAUUUCAAAAACGGGGUCUACCUCACUGCCACCUAUUAAUCAUAUUGAGCGAAGAAAGUAAGCUCAAAGAACCAGCUGUCAUUGACUCCCUCAUAUCUGCAGAAAUACCAGAUCCAGACUUACAACCAGACUUAUUCAACAUCAUCAAAACAAGUAUGGUUCACGGUCCAUGUGGUGCCCUUAACUACGCCUCUCCCUGUAUGGUUGACGGCAGCUGCUCCAAAGACUACCCAAAGUCUUUCCAAGAACAAACAGCACUAGCAGUCAACGGAUAUCCCCUGUACCAAAGGCGAGACAAUGGCCGCACUAUCGUUAUAGGAAACAAAGAAAUUGACAACAGGUGGAUUGUCCCAUACAAUCCCUAUCUUUCCAAAAAGUACAAUGCUCACAUCAACCUUGAGAAAUGCACUUCGAUUAAGUCUGUCAAAUACCUAUUGAAAUACGUGUACAAGGGCCAUGACUGUGCAAACGUCAGACUUACUCAGACAAAUGAACUAACACACGAUGAGGUUAAUACUUUCAUUGACACCAGGUAUGUCAGUGCUCCUGAGGCAUUCUGGAGGCUAUCUGAAUUUAAACUCCAUGAACAGUCGCAUUCAGUAUAUAGACUAGCCAUACACCUACCACAACAGCAGCCAGUUUACUUCCAACGAGGCGCCCAUGAAGAAGCAGCACAAGCAGCGCAAGAAAAAGACACCAUGCUCACAGCCUACUUCAGAGUCAACAGCAACCAACCAACACCAUACCUAUACACAAAGUUCCCACUUCACUAUGUCUGGAAUAAAAUCAAAAAGAUCUGGACUCAACGAAAACAAGGAGGGGACAAGGUUUUGCCACGAAUAUACUCAGUUAGUCCCAAAGAUUCAGAGAAGUACUGCCUGCGCAUUCUCCUCCAUCAUGUUCCGGGUGCCACAAACUAUAAUGACCUCAAAACAGUGGACGGUGAAAUAAUGGAAACAUUCAAGGAUGCAUGCAUACGUCGACAGCUUCUAACAGAUGAUAGGGAAUGGGACCAUGCCAUGACUGAGGCCACAACCUUUCAAAUGCCACAACAACUUCGCACCCUCUUUGCUACAAUCCUGAUCUACUGCAACCCACAAAAUGCUCUCCAGCUCUGGGAAAAGCACAAAGAUGCAAUGACAGAAGACUUCCUGGACCUCCACCACUUGCCACCUGACAGAGCAGAUGACAGAGCCCUUGCCCACAUCAGCACCAUAUUAGAGCAGAACAGUUUGACAUGUAGUCACUUCGACCUUCCCGAACCAAACACAAACCCAGAGGUACCAGAUUUGCAUACUGUUCCGGAGUACGACUUGGAACAUGAGCGUAAGGAAGCAACAAGACUGUGUAACAUGCUCAACACAGAACAACGCAAGUUUGUCGACCAGAUCCUUCAAGACCAUUCAGACAUCACCAGUCACCAACAACAGAAAUGCAGAGCAUACUUCCUAGAUGGCCCAGGGGGAACAGGCAAAACCAUGUGCUACAACACGCUCAUUGCCAGCCUCCGCGGUCAAGGAGAGGUUGUUGCACCAUGCGCUUGGACAGGAAUAGCAGCCACCCUACUGAAAGGAGGACGUACCGUCCACAGCCUGUUUAAACUUCCAGUGCCUGUUCUAGACAACAGUGUUUGCAACAUAAAACCAACUUCCAAACAUGCCCAAUAUCUUCGGAAAAUGGCAAUGUUCAUCAUUGAUGAGGCAUCCAUGAUUCCAUCCAAUGCCCUUAAAGCCAUAGACAGGAUGCUCAUAGAUAUCACAGAGACAGACAUUCCAUUCGGAGGCAAAAUUUUCAUCCUAGGAGGAGACUUCCGACAAGUCCUGCCCGUUGUUCCGAGGAAGCCACCAGCAGUCAUUGUGGAAAAUUGCCUCAAGCGCUCACCUCUGUGGCCAAUAUUUCAGAUACACCACCUCACGAAGAACAUGCAAACUCAGCACAAUGAACAGCACUUUGCAGAAUGGUUACUUGCACUAGGGAAUGGACAUUUACACUACAACCACCCGGAUAUUCAGAACUGCAUACAAAUACCACCAAAAUGUCAAGUGGUCACACAAAAUAUUGCAGACGAAGUGUUAAGCAACAUACAAAAUCCAAGACUUCUAACAGACACUGUCAUCCUCACUCCCACCAACGAACAUGCUCUUCGAAUAACAAAAAAACUCUACACAAGUGCAGACAAGAUCGUAUGCGAAGAUGAACGCGAAGCCCUACAGUAUCCACUGGAAUUCCUCAACUCGAUCACACCCACAGGCAUGCCACCACACAGACUGCUUUUGAAACCAGGCGUCAUCAUUAUGCUCCUCCGUAACCUGGACAUCAAGAAGGGCUUAUGCAAUGGAACAAGACUUAUAGUCAGACACCUCCCCACACACGUUAUAGAUGCAGAGAUUCUCACUGGUGCCAACAAAGGCGAUUAUGUGCUUAUACCAAGGAUUAAAUUGGCCCCUUCAGAUGCUCACCUGCCCUUUAUUCUAGAAAGAACACAGUUCCCAAUCAGAGUCAGUUACUGCAUGACAAUCAAUAAAGCACAAGGCCAAACCUUCGACAAAGUAGGAUUGUACCUUCCAACCCCUGUCUUCAGCCACGGACAGCUCUACGUAGCUUUCUCAAGAUCACGUCGCUUCACAGAUAUAACAGUACAAAUCAAUCCCACAACAAAACAAGGCUUCCACAAUGAGAAUGCAAUCACCCAAAAUGUUGUCUACCAAGAAGUACUUUAA